AUGCCCCCUUCCGUGCUGAAGUCCAAACACCUCAACCUGGCGGCAAGAUCUUCCGUGCGCGGCUUCCCAACCUACCGUCACAGUCUGGGAGCCAACACAAAAAGCCAUUCAAUCCUCGGGGUCCGGCCUCAGGACGGCGGCUUUGCCAGAACGGGUACGGAGGGGACAGUGCCUGCUGGCUUAGCCUCCCACGGCCCCCGACGCAAGGAGCGCUUGGUCCGGGGUCGCCCACGACGGUGCUCAGCCCCGCAAACCUGCUCAGCGCGGCCGCGGACGCCCUCCCGCUCAGCCGCCUUCCAAAGCCCGCGCUCCCGUCACGUGACCCGCCGCCGCGCACGGCCUCCUGGGAAGUGUAGUGCAGACCCGGACGCCCUCGGCCAGCUUCCCUUGUGGCAAACAGUCCCCCCUCCACCCCCGUGGGGGAACGAACCCUCCCAGCGGCUCUGUCCUACCCUUCUCCAUCGCUCGCCCCAACUCCACAUCGGGGCCCCACAGGCCCCAGCGCCCCCUACCUCCGAAACCACAGGACUACAAAUCCCACAAUGCCACGCGAGCGGGCGCACUUCCUUUUCCGGCUGCACAAGGCGCCUGCUCCUGCCGACGUGUUAUUCCUGUGGCGGAGCGGUGGAUUACCCUGUGCCUAGCAAGAUGGAGCUCGAGGCCAUGAGCAGAUACACCAGCCCAGUGAACCCAGCUGUCUUCCCCCAUCUGACCGUGGUGCUGUUGGCCAUUGGCAUGUUCUUUACCGCCUGGUUCUUCGUCUAUGAGGUGACCUCCACCAAGUACACUCGGGAUAUCUACAAAGAGCUCCUCAUCUCCUUGGUGGCCUCGCUUUUCAUGGGCUUUGGAGUUCUCUUCCUGCUGCUCUGGGUCGGCAUCUACGUGUGAGCUCCCAGGGGUUCCAGCCCGGCGGCUUCACUGAACCCCUGCUUUUGUAAAUUAAUUUUUUUACCAUUGCCACAAGCGUCUCCCACCUGCUCACAAUAAAGGCAGAUGUGUGACC